AUGAGUCUUAUUUGUGAUCAACAUGAGAGCAAUGUUACUAAAAUACAAAACCUCAAAGUAUGUCAUGAAGAGAAAGGCCAGGAGGUUGUCGAUAUCGAUCCUGUGGAAGAGUAUGAAGAUUUAGAAUGGAUUCUGGAUGAGCCGUCACCUCAAUUUCCUUCAGGGAAGCUGGGUUAUGUGAUUGACGUGAGUUAUUCUCUUUGCUUUGUUGGUUUUUAGGUAAAUAUCAACAAAACUUAUAUUGGAAAGGGGAAACUAGAGUGUUUUCGUUUAGUACUAGCUAAAAAUAGUGUUCAUAAUUUGAAGGAAUUAAGGUUCAAGCUCUUUUUCGAUACCUAUAUCAGAAUUUUUCGUUGAUCUUGGUGAAAAUUGGUUUGAAUCGUAAUUUAUUUGGAAAGACAGUUAGCGGACUAGAAUUUUGUCUGAAUGUAGACUAGUGUCUCCACUAACUUUUUAAUAAAACAUGUUUAACAUUUUCGCAACAUCUUCGGAGUUACAGCAGUUUCGCUAUACCUAUAUGGGCGCAGGUUAGAUGAAAAUUAGUUUUUGUUAUAACUUUUUCAAAAAUAUAGCUAAAGAUUUGAACUUUUGUGUGGAUAUUGGUUAAUAUCAGCACUAACUAGUACAUAAAACAAGAAUUUAAAAUUUUAUAACAUUUGAAAGUUACAGUGAUUUAACGUAUCUGAUCGGGGGCCUUGAAGGUUUUUUAAUGAAUGGGUAAUAUCGCGGAGCGAAUAAGAGAGCGAUGUUUUUGAAUACAAUAUUUCUGACAGCCAAUAAGCGAAAGCGAGCUUUAAAGUGAUCUAAAAGUUAUUUCUAAUUCGCCUAUAUAAAGGUAGUCUCAUUCAUAUUUUUUAAAUUUCAGAGCAAUUUCGACUCAGAACGUCUCCGUCCUCUUCACGCAUACCAGGUCACGGAUGAUCGGCUAAUCGAGUUGCCAGAUCCCGUCGAUUACCUAAUUGCAUGGAGCGACUCGAACUGCGCCAUUGGCUUCGUAUACUCUAACAACCACUCCAAAAAUCCAGAUGUACCGAUGAGCAUCCGAUUCGGCGGCUACUGGGCAACGAGCUUUUCUGAUCGAAUGUAUGCGGGAUGCCUUGUGAGGGUGAAGCAGUAUGUUAUGGUGUCGAAGUUUAACCAUACGGAUCUGGUCGAUUUGAAAAUGGGAGGGAAGCGGUACAUCAUCAAGGAUUUCUUUAUGCAUGGUAAGUUUUUGGGUUUGAAGGUGAAAAAGAUUGGUUUUUGGCAAUAUAAAUUAAAUGAUUCUUUAUGGAUAAAACGAGGUAUUAAAUGAUGUUUUAUGGAUAAAAGUAGAUAUUAAAAGAGGGUUUAUUAAUGAAAACUGUGUGAUAAAGGCCUUUUUUAUGUGAAAAACUAGCUGAAAAUGACAUUUUUUGGCUAAAAUUAGUUAAAAUCUUCAUUUUUUGAAGCUCAGUCUACCUAAAAUAACAUAUUUUAGGCACUCCACUAGCCUCAGCAUUCGCAAUCGAAUGGGCGGUGGUAAAACAGCCAGAAAUCAGCCGUUCUCUGGGCGUGAUAAUGUACUCGGAGCUGGUUCCUCGAAAAGACACCCGUCUCGAGUUCUAUGGCAUCGUUGGCGAUGAAGAAUAUCAACAGAAGAUCGACGUUCCUCAUGAAAGAUGGCCGUUUUCGUUGAAGGAGGUACCAAAGGUGGCACGACCUGUGGUCUUGAACUGGGUAUAUGUGAGUUUUUUAGGUUUGGGAGGGGGUGAUUUUAGAUAAUAUAGGUUUUAAAGUGGGUGAUUUUAGUUAAUACUGUUUUUGAAGGAUGAGAUUUUAGGUAAUAUUUGAAAAUUUUGAAUUUUAGGUAACAUUUUAACACUUUCUGAAGUUUAGGUAACAUUUCUGAGAUUUUUAUGACAAAACUGAGUUUUUAUGGGUAGAGUAGAGGCCUACGAGGGCGGAUAAGCGCACUCUUUCAUUUUAAGUUCAUUGCGACAACAUAAAAUACGAAAUUUUAAAAUUUUGAAAUUUUUUUUUGAAUUUCGAAAAAAAAAUUUAGUUGGAGUUUUUUAAAAAUUCAAACUAAUUUUUCAGAUGGAUAUUCCUCAUGUGCUCCUCCCCUCGAACCAAGCUUUUGUCAUCCUUCCAGCCCAUAUGAGGAACUUUUACAGACACAUCAAGGAGGUAUCAGAUGACAGAUUCAUCUUUGGCUGGGUGGAUUUGGCCUUUGAAGCUUCGAGAAAGUACAAAGAAUGCAAAGCCAAGCCGGUCAAGAAGUAG